AUGGCAGACUCAACAACGCACCCGGUGGGAGACAAUCCAUUCCUACAGCGGGCGUAUGCACUCUCGAGCGCGGUCGAGGCACGCGACCUCUACAACGAGUGGGCUCUUGAAUAUGACAAAGACCUCGAGGCCGAGGAAUACGCUGCCCCAAAGCUUGCAGCGCAGGCAUUGGUCGACGCGCUAGACGGUCGACAAAGUGAGGGCCAGCUGGGGGGGCUUCAAGUCCUAGACGCCGGCUGUGGAACAGGCCUAGUCGGAAUCGAGCUUGCGAAAUUCGGCGCUCAGCAUGUUACAGGUCUGGAUAUCAGCCAGGGCAUGCUCGAGGUGGCGCGCAAGACAGGCGUCUACGGCGCGCUGGAGCAGGCCGACCUGUCACUUCCAAUCGCAAAGCCAGACGACGCCUUUGACGCGGUCAUCUGCGUAGGCACCCUGACACGCGGGCAUGUGGGACCGCAGGUGGUCAAAGAAUUCGUCAGGGUCGUGAAACGGGGAGGAUUCAUCGUCGCGACUGUGCUCGAUGAUAUCUGGGAGAGCGCCGGGUUCAGUGCCGAGGUCGAGCGCUUGCGGGCGGCUGGCGAUGGUGGCAGGAUCGAGGUCUUGCGUUCAGAUGUGGUGGGAUUGAGAUCGACAAGCAAUGUGGGAGGGAGGUUGCUGGUGCUUCGAAAGGUAUAG